GGAACGGGGAGGGGAAGGAGAGGAGGCCUCUUCUGUUGUAUUCGUCCAUUAUCGUAGCAGCUUAGAAUCAUUUAGUUUAUUUAAGAAUGUCGCUUAGUCAAUCGUGUGUGUUAAAGCUAUAUAAUAGCGUCAUAGAUGAUGUUAUAUCUGGAGUGCGAGAAGCGUUCCUGGACGAAGGGGUGGAUGAUCAAGUGCUCCAAGAGCUCAAGCAACUAUGGGAACAGAAGUUAUUGUCAAACAAGGCCGUGGAACCUAAUCCAGAGCCAUUGGACCAUGCCCCUCCUCAGAUGGGUCAGAAAUCAAAUUCCAAGUCAGGUGGAUCUAAAAAGAGUCAAGCGGCAGCGGCCAAAGCUGCUGCUGCUGCCCCCACAGUAGCAGCAGCAGCGGCAGCAGCAGCGGCAGCAGCAGCAGCGGCAACAUCAACCACAGUAGCAGCAGAUAAUGCUGCUGAUGUCAAAGUUCCAAUACCAGCAACUCAAGUGGCUGGGUCAGGAGUUAUCAAUGGAGGCAUGAUGGCGGCAGCAAGCACUGGAGUCAUGCCGUCAACUCAAGGAGUCAUACCUGCUGUUACACAGAAUAGCCAAACCAUAUCUAUUGCGCAGCAACAGUUGAACAGGUUACAGAACAUGAACCAACUCCAAAACCAGACAACUCUCUUGAAGAGCCAGACUGUAGUGCCCACUCCUCAACCACAACCUGCACCUCAGGCAGCGCCGCCGCCACCGCCACCAGCUGCACCGCAGCCAGCUCCCACAACAACUUUUGCAGGUUUAGAUCCUAAUCGUCAAGUGCCUAUACAAAUUACAUUGCCUCCUCAGACUGGUGUUUUAGAUGCACAACCACGAGUUCUAACUAUUCAUGUACCAGCAUCUGCACUAACUGGUAAUCAGUUACAACAGGUGCUUACUGGACCAGUCAUUUCCGCUACAAUGAAUUUACCUCUUCCACUUGCCUGCUCUCUACUGCAGCAACAUGUUAAUGCUGCACUUCAGGGUCAAGCUGCAAAUGCAGCUGUACAGCUUCAGACUGCGUCAAAUAAUCAAAAUAAUGGAGUAACUCCGUUUGGCCACCAAAAUUCUAACACCAUAUCCCAAUUAGAUGGAGCAUUAGAUUCAUCAGAUGAAGAUGAUGAUGAUGAUGACGACGACGAUGAUGAUGAUGACAUUGAUGAUAAUGAUGAACGUGACGAAGAUGAAAAUGAUGAAAAUGAAGGUGGAGCUGAAGAAGAACCUCUGAAUUCUGGAGAUGAUGUUAGUGAUGAAGACCCACAAGAUCUUUUUGACACUGAGAAUGUAGUUGUGUGUCAAUAUGAUAAGAUCACUAGAACUAGAAACAAAUGGAAAUUUUACCUGAAGGAUGGUAUAAUGAACCUGAAUGGAAAAGACUUCGUUUUCCAGAGGGCCAAUGGUGAUGCUGAGUGGUAAAAAAUAUUUUCAAAGCCAUGAAUGGAAGGCGAAAAGAGCAUGAGGGUGGAAGAGUUAAUAUAUUUUUUUUGGUAUAUUUCUCUUUCUUAUGCAAUUUACCAAUGUGAAAGGCCAGCAUAUUGUUAGGUCUGUUACCAAAGGGGAUGUGUCCACUUGUAUCUCAGCUAUUUGAUCUCUUCAAAAGUGAGAAUCGUUGUAGUAACUUGUGUGCACAUUAUGUACUACUGUAAGUAUUGUACUAUAAGUUUGUCAUUAAUUUUGUACAUUGGUAUUCACAUCCGUCAACGAUACUGAACCAGAUUCCUGUAAUAGUUAUUGUGAAAGUAGAAUUUUGUUUGUUUGUUUUCUUGAGGUGAGCAGUCACAUUUGAUAACUGAUGCUACCCUUUAUGUAUGUAUCCCCCUUGCAGUGGCUGGUGUUCAAGCUUGUACCUGCUCUAAUUUUUUUUGACCUUGUUUUGCUGGAGUUCCAGGAAUUAGUCAUGUAUAUUGGUAUUGGUUUAUGAUCUGUAGUGUCCACACACAUCUGGAAUCCCUUUGAGGGUUGGCCUGUGAAUGCACCCCUUUGAGCAUUUUUCACUGUUUUCGGUGAAGUUUAACAAUUUGUGAUAUUAUUUUUCAAGACAUACUCAGUCUAAAUAUUAUUCUGAAUGCAUCACUUUGUAUUUUCAAGUCUGUUGGUACAUUUAAUUACUUUAUUAAUAUGGUUCAUCUACAUAUUGUGAAGGCAUGUUUUUCUUUUCUCUUCCAAUUGCCCCUAUUCAAGGAAACUGUUUCUACUAUAUUCGAUAUAGUCACAUCUGAGGUAUUCCUGCAUUCCACCUUGUGGUUUUAAUGGAAUAAGUAUCCAGUACAAUUUGUUUUGUACAUAUAUGUAGAAUUAGUGGUUUUGUAUAAUAUUUUCUCCUUUGGAUGGAAAACUACCAGAAUGGUGAUGUCUCUUAAUAAAUUGAUGAAAGAAGAAUGCAAAUUUA